CUUCCGGUAGAAUCAGCUGUCCAAAACAAUAUGGCGCAUUGCCCGGUGAUCGCAGGCGGUCCUCCGACAGCUAACCGAACCGGAGACCAGGGGGCUUUGCUGCGUUGCAGGGGACGACCGAGGCUCACGGACUCUGACCGAGCACAGAGGCGCCUGGAAUCCCGGAAGAAGUACGACGUGAGGCGGGUGUACCUCGGAGAGUCGCACAAGCUGUGGAGCGAGCUCCGCAGGAGGACCGGUCUGAGUGAUGCUGGGCUGGCAGACCAUCUCAUCCUGCUCUACUCCACGUACGGAGAGAAAURCAGACAGAAAUACUGCGGAGAGAAAACAACAGGAGAAGUUCCAGCAAAACAGAAAAGAGGCAGGAAGCAGCGCGUGUCGAGCCUCCAGGGUCUGGUGUGUUGGUACCAGGAGCACUCGGGCUCCUGCCCCCAUGAGCCCCAGCUUAGAGCCCUGGAGCCCCAGCCUGACUUCUCCACUGCUGCUAAGUGGCAGUGUGACUCAAAUCACUCCUUUGUACAGUACCUGUUCUCCCCGCUGAGGGAGGCAAGUGACUCAGAGCGCGAGGCGAGAGGAGAYGGGGACAGCGAUGAUGGGGGGACGGCUAAAACUGACACACGUAUGGGAAAAGGCCCCGUGACCCGACAAAGACGACACGAGGAUCAGAAAACAUUUAAAGAUGUUGGACUGAAUGUUUCUGAGGAACAGUGUACAGCUCUGAUCCAGACCGAAGAGGCCUCGGGUCUACGCCGCAGGUCCAGUUCAGAGGCCUCUUCUGGGGAUGCUCCUCUGACAGGACAGCCUGCCUGGGAGGUGGAGAUGGUGCAGCAGCAGGGGUCCCUCACGGCAGCACUGCACUCCAUCCCCGCAGAGGAUCUGAAGGAAGGCGAGGAGGGAGGAGAGGGRGAGAGGGAGCAGCUCAGGGAGGAGGAAGUCCGGACUGUGGAGGGUGCUUAUGAGCUGGAGGAUGAAAUGGAGACGACGGAUGAGGAUUUGGAACUCUCUCAAAGCUUGAAUGAUCCCGCUCCUCUGGGUGCGCAACAUCCUGCGCCUCCUGAUCAGGAUCAGACUGAACUGUUCGACCCGCAGACUSUGCAGACGGUGGUGGCCGGCUGUGAGAUCCCUGACCAGAGGACGGCUUUGGAGGGAUCGCAGUUAAUUAUCAUCACUGGUCCCAGCUACGAGGCUUUGGCAUCAGAAGGAAUCCAGCUCAACAUGGGCAGCGGAAAUGAGGAGAAAAUCACUUGCACCGUCAUCGGAGGGGUCGCCUACAACCAGGUGUGCACCUCGGACUCAAAACUCAAAGUGGCACCAGAUGAAGACUCCUUGACAGGUUUGAGUGACACCCAGAUGGAGCAGCCCGCCGUGGAGCCGAGCAGUAACCAAGAACUGAGUCUGAGCAGCGUCAGGUCAAGGAGAAGCAGACGAGGCCCAGUUAUUGAGGCAGAUGGCAUGCUCAAGAUGUUUCACUGUCCGUAYGAAGGCUGCAGUCAAGUCUACGUAGCAAUCAGCAGCUUUCAGAAUCACGUGAAUCUAGUUCACAGGAAAGGAAGGACCAAAGUGUGCUCUCACCCCGGUUGUGGCAAAAAAUUCUACCUGUCCAACCAUCUGCACCGCCACAUGAUCAUCCACUCAGGAGUUAGAGAUUUCAUCUGCGAGACGUGUGGGAAAUCAUUUAAGCGUAAGAAUCAUCUGGAGGUUCAUCGACGGACUCACACAGGAGAAACACCGCUCCAAUGUGAAAUCUGCGGCUACCAGUGUCGCCAGCGAGCCUCCCUGAACUGGCACAUGAAGAAGCACACUCCUGAGGCCCACUACAACUACACCUGUGAGUUCUGCAACAAGAGGUUCGAGAAGCUGGACAGUGUGAAAUUCCACAAGCUAAAGAGUCAUUCAGAGAAGCUGGCCACCUGAGGUGCCUUGACUCCCCCAGCUGAACGAGUGCAGGCUGACCCUCAGAAACCAGAGGAAGGUGAGGAGAGGGAGCAUCCCUUGACAAGUUUGUCACAUGACUGGUGUCUGUGAUGAAAUGAACAUCAUAGUGUUCAGAUCAGACUGAAGUGGGCUGGUUUUACAGCCGGGCAGAAAGCAGACUGAGUCAGAGACAAAACUAAUGUGGGUUUUCAAUUUGCUGUAUUACAGUAAGAAGAAAAAAACUCAUUUGUGAUCCGAUAUUGAAUUCAUUCUGAAUGAUUAAAAAGUAAACUUGACCAUAUUUAACUUUUUGGGGUCACUGUAUCAAAUACUGGAAAAUAUCAAACUGUAAUCAACUUAUGCUAUCGUUUGUCAAAACCUCCUUUCAGAGCUCAUUUCAUUUUAGUUUAUCCCAAACUGUUUUUAUUUUUAUUUUAGUUAAUUAAUUAAUUUAUUUUUAUUUUUUGUUUGGGGUGUUGUCCGGGAUACCAUCACAUCAGGGAUCAGCCUCGUUUCAGCCAGAAAAACACAGUUUCACUACAUAUUUUUGGUACAGGCAAAAUGCUGAUGUGGCUCUGUUUUUAAAGGUGGUUCUUUAAUACACAACUGAAAGAGGUUACUGAUUACAAACCAGCAUCUGUUAAAUAUUAGGGGGCUAACAGUACAUGUUCCUGUUCCCUGACAGUUCGUCACAGACAUUUUGGAAGGAUACACGAAUAAAACAGCGAAUGCAUAAGUCCCAGCUGAUCACUGCUUUCAUCUAGAAGCAGGCACACUGUUUCUUUUCUGCACUAUGAUAGCAGCCUCGGCAGAAAAGAUGCAAGAAAAGAUACUAUCAAAACACUUUAUGUCAAACCAAACACAAAUGACUGUAUCAUAGAGAACCUUGAAGAUCUGUCUGAGUUAAAUCAGCUGUGUUAACAAAAACUGUGCAAGGCAAGAGGUGCACAGUAAAAAACAAAGGUACAUGAGGUAAUCUUGAAGGGAUAAAAAUGUAACACUCCUUUACCUUUUGAAGUACGGCUGGAGCAACAAGCAAGUGUACCUUUUUAGAUAUAUUUGUGUAUCUUAAUUUUUUAAAGUGUGUAUGUGUUAUCAACUAAUCAGGGCAAGCUUCUUUAUUGCACUCACUCUUAACAAAUCUCUGUGUUUCCACUUUAAGAAAUGUUUCUCUGUUCUGUUUUGCAUCAAGUACAGGUGAAAUUAGUUGAAACACUCCCUGGUUUUGAAGUUACCUGGUGACAAAUCCUGCCCUGCUUUACAUGACCUGCAGCCUUAGGAUCUCCCCAAUGCUGGUGCUUUGAUUUCCUGUCUUCAAGCAGAGUUUGUGUCUGUUUACUAAAAACAACAGCAAAAAAAGGUAAAAAAUCACAGCAUUUGGAGUUUGUUUCUUUUUCUCACACCAAAGCUAUACUGAACUUGGGAGUAUUUACACCCACAGUAAAUAAAAAAUAGGACUGCUAAACUUAUGGUAUCUCACAAUUUAUUUUUCUAAACAUGAUGCUGUUUGUACAUUUCAGACGUUCAAACAGAGCCUUUGUUAUAUUUGUAAUAGUAUUAGCAGCAUCAAUAUUCAGUUUCCUCAUAUUUUCAGUGACUUGUUACAAGUUGUCCAGAAUGCAGCAGCUCGUCUUUUAACAGGAACUCAAAAUACGAACACAUAUCCCCGGUUUUGGCUUCUCUCCAUUGGCUUCCUGUUCAUUUUAGGAUAAAUUUUAAGAUUUUAUUGCUUGCUUUUAAAGCUUUAAAAGUCUGGCCCCAUCCUACCUUUGUGAUCUCAUUAACAUCCACACUUCAGUUAGAGCACUUUGGUCAUCCAACCAGUACCUUAGAUAUUCCUAGACCUAGGUUAAAAUUAGAGGUGAUUGGGCCUUUGCAGUCUCUGCCCCAGAACUCUGGAAUGAUUUACCUUUUAGCAUACAGGCUGCUGAGACUGUUGAGACUUUUAAAUCUCUACUUAAAACUCACUUAUACUCCCUGGCCUUUCAUUCUGGUAGAGUUUGAAA